GCGACACCGGUACGGCUACACUAUUCGUGCAUACAUUCAGCCUACGGUACGAGUACUCGUACCGUACAUGUAUGUUACCGUAUGGGAUCAUAGCGGUCCAUCCAAGGCUUCAGCUCUGGACAGAGUCGCCUGUACCACCAUCAAUCCCCUAACAUUCUCCCGAACCUCGCCUUGCAACGAAGGGUUGACCACCACCACCACCACCACCACCACCACCACCUCAAAAACCUUUCAGAAUACCCGCACCAUACACACACCCACACACGCACGCACAAUGCCAUCGAAAAAGAAUGUUUCCUCUUCCGCUCAAACUGCCCCAGCAGCAUCGACCCCCUCAGCAACACCCACCCCAAAAUCCCACAACUCCCCUCCCUCAGACCCGCUCUCGAUCCUCAAAGACAUCCUCAACAACUACUCCAAGAGCACCCCCCAGCGCACGAAGCUGAUUGACGCGUUCCUGGGAUUCCUGGUGAUCACGGGUGUGCUGCAGUUUGCCUAUUGCGUUGUCGCUGGGAAUUACGUAUGUCUUCCAUUCCAUCCAUUGAUCAAUGCGACGACGGCUGACGAGUUUCCCUCUUUCUCGCGAUGGUUGUAGCCGUUCAAUGCUUUCCUGGCGGGAUUCUCCGCCACUGUGGGACAGUUUGUACUAACUGGUUUGUUUCAUGUCCCCUCGUUUCGCGCUUUUUUGCUCCUCCCUUUCCCAUGGCUGAUGGGUGAUAUCGUAGCUUCCCUGCGCAUACAAUCUAAUCCCGCCAACAAGCCCGAGUUUGCAAGUGUUUCCCCCGAACGGGCGUUUGCGGAUUUUGUCUUUUGCAGUGUCAUCCUGCACCUUUUUUGUACCAACUUUAUUAAUUGAGGUGGUCGAUCGCCUGUGGAUUGGUGGGGGGGGGGGUGGCUUGUAUUGUAUUGUAUUCAUGCUGCCAAGUGAUCGCCAUGAAUAAGAUGUUGCGGGUAUCGUGGUGGUUUCUGUCGGCUAUUUUUGAGGUGCCCGUGAUUACUACCGGUGUGAUGAUCAUAGCUAUAGGAGAAUCCUCCAGAAAGGGAGAAGGGGAAGAAACCCAUUCCGAGCACAUUGGUGUCCACAAACAAACAAUUCACACAAACCGAUCAAGAGUAACUCUUCAAUACGAAUUUCCCGCGCUUUCAAGCGUGAGAUGGUUUCAGCAGUGCUACCGGUAUGCUAUGUACCGGUAUGAUACUAUGGUGUGGUAUGUAUACGCGCACACACAAUCAAUGCCACAAAUGCCCCUCCGACACUCGGCCUCCCAAGCC